AUGGAGGAACGCGGGCCGCCGGACGUGCCGUUGAUCGUGACACCACCGUGCACGGCUGCUGUCGGCGCGGUAGGAGUUGGAGCAGCGCUGACCACCUCGCGCCGCGCCGCAUCAGCCCGGGGCUCCCGCGACGACCCGCCCCCCUCCACAUGGCGCUCCUCGGUGCGUGUGCGUGACACCAGUUUCCGUGGCUCCCGAAAAAGCGUCGUACGCCUUGAACCGCCCUGUAAUGGUCUCAACGGGUUGCCCGCCAUCGGCAAGGAGGUCCUGUCAUUGGGCGCAACGGGCGGGCACAAGGGAACCACGCAACCAUCUUACCCCUGCACGAUCCUUCAUCAUUCUCCUUAUAAGGCCGCUUGGGAUUGGUUGAUUCUGAUAUUAGUCAUCUACACCGCAAUAUUUACUCCGUAUGUAGCAGCAUUUCAAUUAAAUGAACCGGAUUUCGACAAACGCUCUCGUGGUUUCGGACAGGAUCCUAUUGUAGUUAUUGAUAUGAUAGUGGACGUGACAUUCAUAAUAGACAUACUUAUUAACUUCCGCACAACGUACGUAAACGCUGCUGAUGAAGUGGAGUCAAAUCCUGGGAAGAUCGCCAAGCACUACCUACAAGGAUGGUUUGUGAUCGAUCUCGUCGCCGCCAUUCCCUUUGACCUGCUGCUCUUCGGAACCGACACCGACGAACAGGGGCUGGAAAGUGAUGAGACGACGACACUGAUUGGUCUUCUGAAAACCGCGCGUCUUUUGCGACUUGUGCGUGUGGCGAGAAAAAUUGACAGAUAUUCCGAAUAUGGUACUGCCGUCCUUCUACUCCUUAUGGCUACUUUUGUUCUAAUCGCUCACUGGCUAGCUUGUUUGUGGUACGCAAUUGGAAGCUGGGAACGACCUCAGUUGCACGCCCCUAUUGGCUGGCUUGAUGCUCUCGCUAACGAUGUUCAAGCAUCGUAUGAUAAUUCCACCGGCCCAUCUAUGAGAUCGCGGUACAUAACGGCUUUAUACUUCACGUGUACUUCAUUAACAAGCGUUGGUUUUGGCAAUGUUGCUCCAAAUACGGAUAUGGAAAAGGGUUUCACGAUAUUCGUCAUGCUUGUGGGAUCUCUAAUGUAUGCUAGUAUUUUCGGCAAUGUAUCUGCAAUCAUACAAAGGCUUUAUUCAGGAACGGCGAGAUAUCAUACGCAAAUAUUAAGAGUACGAGAGUUCAUUCGGUUUCAUCAGAUAACUAAUCCAUUGAGACAACGAUUAGAAGAAUAUUUUCAACACGCAUGGAGUUACACAAACGGGAUCGAUACGUCGAGUGUACUAAAAGGAUUCCCUGAAUGUCUUCAAGCUGAUAUUUGUUUACAUUUAAAUAGAAAUUUACUGGCUAAUUGUUCAGCUUUUGAUGGUGCUAGUCCUGGUUGUUUAAGGGCUCUUUCAUUGAGAUUUAAAACUACGCAUGCUCCUCCCGGCGAAACGUUAGUUCAUCGGGGAGAUGUUCUAACUUCCUUGUAUUUUAUCUCUAGAGGUUCAAUCGAAAUACUCAAAGACGACAUUGUAAUGGCUAUAUUAGGUAAAGAUGACAUCUUUGGCGAGAAUCCUUGCAUUCACAAUACAGUGGGUCGUAGCAAUUGUCGCGUACGAGCGUUGACUUACUGUGACUUGCACCGUGUCCAUCGAGAUGACUUGUUAGACGUCUUAGACUUCUAUCCAGAGUUCCGCGCAUCAUUUGUUAAUAGCUUAGAAAUAACGUACAAUAUGCGAGAUGAAGAGCUGGGCGGUAUUGAACCACGUCGUCGUAUGCGAUAUGAAAACCCAUGCGACGCUAGAUUACUAAGGGAGGCAUAUGCUCGUACAACUAGAAGGCCACAUACUGAGACGUUUGCUGAAAAAAUGACCUGGUUGCAGGACUCUCAGUGUAGCGACGAAGACACCGAAUCUCCUCCCAGUAGAGGAAUUCUCGAAUUUUCUGCGGAGAAAGCCGGCCAGGAUGUCACGCCUCUCAACUUUAACUUCAGCAAACAACGCUCGACAACUCUCAAUUCGAUCACAGGCAUGCUAGCGCAACUAAAACGGAGCUUCCCAGACCUCUACCACCAUAAAACACACCAGCCGCUGCACAACAAGUACUCACAGUCAACACCUCAAACGUAUCGGGGUCGUGCAGCCGUUCGCCGACAGUCUUCCGUUGGUCCGUUAAAUGAUACCUCACCAUUAACUGGCGGUAUGGCAGGCGAAGCAGCGGUCAGCACGCCCGCUCACAGCGCUACGCUGCCUGUAUCUAGUCUCAGCACGAACCCUAGCUCGUACUAUACGAACGCGUCGCCCAGCCCGCCCGCGCCAGCACCCGUCCACGUAUCCUGCGAUGAUAUCCUCGCGCCUAGUGCCCCGCCAUCUAUAGGACGCACGUCACGCUCGGCUCCUCACUCAGCUGUCAACUUGCAUCAAACUGGAAGACCUACAGCAUUGCCCUUUACUGCUGAGAGGGUACAGACUGCGAUGCAGGACGUCAUAUCGCCUCAGUAUCAAAAUGUAGGAUCUGCCGCAACGGCAUCGUCAGUAGCGACUAUCCUGACAAGGUUAGAAGAGUUAAGUAGAAGAGUCGCCGUCCUAGAAACUGGUCUCACCGCAGAUGUCCGACGGAUUUUACAACUCCUACAAGCACGUGAGGCCUCCCACCACAACGUAGCCCACACACCGUCACAGCCUCUACCCAAGGCGUCGUUAUCAGUCCCCCAAACGAAUGAGAACCCGUGGGAAUGGAAUUGGAUUGGCGAUCGCGACCGUGGACGUAACGGGCGUGAGCGCGGAGAUCGCACGCCGGGGGUGCAGCGCUCGGCGUCAGAGCCGCAUGCUCCCCUGCCGCCGGCACUGCCGCCGCCCCCUCAUUCACACUCGUUCUACAGGUAG